AAAUUAGAACCAUAAGUUAUGUAGGAGCGUGUCGUUAUUUGCUAUAAACUGAGCGGUCCUCCUUGAAGUUUGAAUUCGCUUUAAGAAAAAGACCCCGCCGUAAGUCUGCUAGUAUUUACUGGUUAAGUCAGAAGUACACCGUUGUAUAUUAAACAAGCUGAGUAAAAUGAAAGUGUUUUGUCAAAUUGUAUUAAGUGCGAUAGCCUUAUUGGUCCUAGUCUCCAUAGAAGAAAGGUCAGUGUCGGCGGCGGCGUUAUCCAGGACGAAAAGGGAAGAAAAGUACAUCACGAGGUACGACAACUUCGAUGUGGCAGGGGUACUCGCUAGCAAAAGGUUGGUAAGGGUGUACUUGAAUUGUUUAUUGGAGACGGGACCAUGCACUCCGGAAGGAAGAGAACUGAAAAAGUACGUACCCGACGCAAUUGCCACAGAAUGCAUAAAGUGCAGUCCAAUUCAAAGGAAGCAGGCUGGUAUCGUCUUGUCUCACAUUCUGCUGAAUUAUAGGGAUGACUUUAAUAAAUUAUCACAAAAAUAUGACCCAGAAGGCAAAGCUCGGAAGAUGUAUAACAUCGAUCAAGACGGCGAGGACGAUUACCAAGACUUGGAAGAAGCUUAAUUUAUAAUGCUGACGUCUUUUAAACAUUUCUGACGAAAUACUUUAAUAUUCCUGUAUAUUUUUGUUAUAUACAUUAAAUUGUUUUUAGAUA